GACUCUUGCAUCCGGACCCCAUCAUUACCAAUGAAGUCAUUAGGUAAAUUUUUAUUUUUAACGUGUAUAUGCUGCGGUCAAGUCAUUAAAUGAUGGAGUCGCUUUAACUUAUAUUGCAAUAUAAAUACCAGCUAUCCCCUCAGCUAAUUUUGUUUUCUGAAUUUCAUAGAUCAAAUAAAAUCAUCAUGGAACCAGACGCAUUGCAUAUGAGUCCACAUGGGGCUAUUGUCCUCCUCACUGUCCUCGUGGCCGUCUAUGUUUUUUAUGAAUGCUUCUUUUCGCCUCUUGCCCGAAUCCCGGGUCCUUUCGUCGCCAAGAUUACUUGGCUAUACUACCCUUUCAUCUCUAGGCGAGGACGCAUCCAUCGUGAACUCGUAGACCUUCAUAAGACCUACGGCACGGUGGUUCGCAUCAGUCCGAACGCAUUAAGCGUAGGAGAUCCUAUGGCAUUUCGAGAAAUAUACAGAGCGGGGAACAAGUUCUAUAAGUCCCAAUCAUACUCUGUGCUCCAAGGCACGCGACCGUUCGACCUGGCUGGCCAGAGAGACGAGAAGAUCCACUCGGAGCAGCGUAGACUCGUGGCCCGCUCUUACUCUAUGGACUCCAUGGUCUACCUCGAACCUCAUGUUGAUACGGUCAUCAACGCAUUGGUGGACAGGUUGAAGGCAUUUCACGGUCAACCGAUUGAUUUAGGAUAUUGGAUGCAAUUAUUUGCUGUUGACGUCAUUGGCUCUAUAAGCUUUUCGCGACCAUUCGGGUACGUGGAGGUCGGAGAAGAUAACGGGAUCUUUCUUCGUAUACAACGAGCCUUACGAUCGAUCGGGUGGAUUCGACAUGCCCCCCAGUUGUAUAGGUGGCACCAAAAGCUCAUGCCAUAUAUUGGGAACUGGCUAGCUGCUAAUGAUCGCAACACAUACUUUUUUGAGUUUGCCACUAGGGAGGUCCAAGCUCGCACUGACAGGGGCGGCGACUACAAGGAUAUCGCCGGCCAACUCCUCUCGGUACAAAAGGAGAAACCCGAUUUAAAUGAUACGAACAUCGCCUUCAUGAUGACUACGAAUGUAUUUGCCGGAUCUGACACGACAUCAACAUCAUUGAGAGCAAUCAUUUACUUGCUUUUGAAACACCCCGAGAAGUACGAUCGCCUGGUAGAAGAAUUGGAGAGCAAGAGACAGAAAGGAGAAUUGAGCCUUCCCGUAACCUUUAAACAAGCGGAGUCAUGUGCAUACCUCCAGGCCAUUAUAUACGAAGCAAUGCGCCUGUACCCGGCAGCGGGCGACAUUCUCGACCGGGAUGUGCCUCCAGGCGGUAUGACAAUUAACGGGCAUUACGUGCCGGCCGGCGUGGUUGUUGGGACCAGCGCAUGGGUUAUUCAUCGGGUACUAGACAUCUGGGGCCCAGAUGCCGAAGAGUUCCUCCCUGAGAGGUGGUUAGAUAAAGGGAACGAAAACAACUUAAAGCGUUUCUUCUUUGCCUUUGGUGGCGGCUCCCGAACUUGCAUUGGUAGAAAUAUUAGUUGGUUGGAAAUCAGCAAGCUUGUUCCCACUCUCCUGAUGUGCUUCGAUAUGAGGUUGGCUGAUAAAGCAGAGUUGACGGAAGAGUGCGGCUCUCUGGUCUUUCUUAGUGGUCUGAAGGUUCAUGUCGCACCAAAAGAACUGGAUCGAAAACUUCUCGCGUCCUAGAUGCAUACUCACCAUGCAUAUUAUCAUCUAUAAACGUAUUCGUAGUUUCAUAUCAUGGUAGGGGAUGUUGACUAGACCACUAGGAAUACUAGGUAACUGAUUAGGUACUUAGGUACUUAGGCAGUAACCAUCACUAAAUUGGCUUCUUUUAUGUACCUAACCAAAUGGUUGAACCUAAGCAAUAUGCAGACUUCCUAAUAGGCAGCUAGCUGCUUGAUUCAUUCGGUGGAUU